AAGUGUCUGCUGCUUGACACUUUGAUAUGAUCAAGAUGGCAGAAAACGUAGAAAGUUACGAUGAAAUACAGCUAGAAAAUGUAGGGAAAGAUGAGGAUGAAUUUGAUAUUAGGCGAAGAAAAAUUGCGGAAGCAUUUAUCAAUGCGUAUGGAAUAGAUGUUGAGAAAUUCAAGAAUAUUGACCCAGAAAGACUAAUUGAACUUCAAAAGCAGAAGGAAGAAGAAGAAGCCAGGAACAGGUCACCCUACAAUCUGCAGAACCUACUCUGGCUUAUAGCUUUAUUUUGUAUUUUCUAUUAUACAGAAUUUGUCCUUACACUACAAACAGAUCCCAGAAUCAAAAGGGGUUGGCUGUAUACCGGAUGUGUUCUUGUUGGUGUUAAUUGCUGUAUAGGGUUUUACCUGAUUGUUGUAUGCACCUGGAUAAAAAAAAUUGAAGACUGGGAGAGUCACUUCCCUUCAGCUAUUCCAUUAGCAACUGCAUCAUUUUUCAUGAUUUGUAGUAAAUACAUACUUUUCUUCAAUUUCAGUUUGAAUGUUGCCCUUUGGCCUGUUUAUGGAAUACUGGCCCCAAUCAUCUUGUUUACAUUUUUAAUGGGUGUAAUUAUCUUUGCUACAUUAAUACCUGGCUCAAGGGUGAAAGAAACAAAAGGCAAGAAAACAAAAGGUGGAUAUCAACGAAUUCCAUCAGAUGAUAAAGAUGCACUUAAAGAAGACUGAACAAAAACAAUGGGUGUAUUCAUCACAGUCCAAGAAUUGAAAGUCCAUACUAUUAGUCCGUACAUAGUUAAACUACCAUGAUGCAUUUGGCAGACUUGAUUUGAUUUGGCUUUCUAUAAUACACUCUACAAGUCCAUUUAAAUCCGAGUACUGAUAAGUAAUACCAUACCGUAAAACCUUGAUUAGAAGCCUAAUGGGCUUAAUCUCGAGAAGAAGCCCAUCUGAAUUAAAGCCCCCCUCUUUUAUUUGCAAAUGUAGCCUCAAAAAGAAGCCCAUCUUCAAAACAAGCCCAUGGGCUUCUUUUCAAGAUAGCACGAGAUUCUUUUCAAGAUAGUACAGUAAAUACACUGUAUAUAAUUUCAAAGAAACAAAAUUAAAAACACACUUGGUUUAGUAGUUUAGGUGAUUUAAUGCUAGUAAUACACUCCAUGACACAGAUUGAUGUUGCAGUGGCCCUGUUUAUUGCUUUGUAGUAGUAAUUCCCAAUAUUUAGGGUAUUCAUUUUGAAAAGCCCCCCCCCCCUUUCUUUAAUUUGCAAAAGAAGCCCAUCUCGAAAAGAAGCCCAUCAAAAGUUCACAAAAAAGAGAAGCCUUUCGCUUCUAUUCGAGGUUUUGCGGUAUCUGUUUUAAUGGACAUAUGAACUUAAUAAUAAUAAUAAACAUAAAUAGGGAAGCAGAUUAGCAUUGGCGGAUCCAGGGGUUUAAACGAACCACCCUCUGAAUAAACGUAACAAAAUACUACUGGGUCCUGUCUUACAAAAUGCAUGCUUACCUACCUAGGCAUAGGUUGGCAGAUCGGACAAAGAAUCAACAUUUUCCCAGGGGGUGGACCCCCAGACCCCCUUCCAAUUUGGGGUUUUUUGGAAACAUUUUGAGACCCCUCUUUUCAAUACUAGCUCCGCCCCUGAGUAGAGUAUUGUUAUAUAUUGUUUGAUGAAUAAUUAAUGAUCAAGUUCAUUCAUGAGAGCAAGAACUAGCAUGGGUUUGGGGGGGGGGAGGUUGUUCAGCAUGAUAGCUCUUGAAACCUCAAUGGGAAAUAAGUUGGCCACAAUACAAAUAUACGGAAAAGUUUAAAUGUAUGAUUUAAUAUUUACUUUUUUUUCCUUUCCCACAUAAAGCAAUACCUUUUUCCCCCAUCUUCUCCAGUAUUGCAAUUGCCUGUAAUUUGUAAAGAACCGUGUAUCCUUGAUCACAUGACCAGGACUACUUCUUGGGAUAUAUUGUAGCAGUUCUGUUACAAUUUAUUAUUGUACUGCACAAUAAAAGCCUGCCAGUUAAUAAUACAUACCUACUGUACAAACACAUUCCCAAAACAUUGUGGCAAAGGUAAUUAUGGGUUUCAUAUAUUUUUUAAAGAGAAUGGAUAUGUAGCUGUACUUUUUGUUAUAUGUAUCUGGAAUACAUUACUGGAUAAAAUUGUUAAUGUUCUUGAUUUCAACAAGAUUUUAGACCCAAGUUGUUUCUAAAUUCAUACAAAUUUCAGUUUUUUGUUUUGUAUACUGUAAGCACCUGUGUGAGUUGAAUAAUUUAUUUUGAGAUGAAAAAUGUGAAUAAAGUUUAACAUUUUAUCUAA